ACCUUGCGUCACCUCCUUCCUGCAAAGGAAACACGCCCAGUUGGUGGCAGACAAGAAAGAAAACGAAACCAACUGUUUCUUCCAGACAGAAGCAGCGGCCAUGGCUGUUUCUGGGGGUCCCGUGCAAGAUGUCUUCGAGGAAGCCACUUGCUCCAUCUGCCUGGAGUAUUUCAAGGAUCCAGUGAUCAUCCCGGAGUGCGGGCACAACUUCUGCCGAGCCUGCCUGACCCAGUAUUGGGGGAAAUCCGAAGGAGAGGGUUCGUGCCCUGAGUGCAGGGAAACGGUUCAGCCCAGGAACCUCAUCCCCAAUCGGUCGCUGGCAAAUGUUGCAGAGAAAGCCAAGAUGCUCCAUGGGGAUUUCUAUGGCAGAAAGCGGGUGGAAGGGAAGGAAAGAGUCUGCGAGAAGCACCAGGAGCCCCUGAAGCUCUUCUGCAAGGACGACGAAAGCCCCAUCUGCCUGGUGUGUGAAAGAUCCAAGGAGCACAAAGGCCACGAGGCGGUUCCUCUAGAGGAGGCGUCCCAGGAGUACAUGAACCAGAUCUGUAGAUGCUUAGGCCAUCUUAGGAAGGAGAGAGAGAAGAUCGUGGCAUUUAAAAUGGACACUCAAGAGGAAAGCCAACACCUGCUUAAUCGAAUGGAAGCAGAGGUGGAAAAGACAGUGGCUGAGUUCAGACGUCUACACCAGUUUUUGGAAGAACAAGAAAAGCGUCUUCUAUCCCAGAUGGAAGAGGUGGAGAAGGAGAUCGCCAAGAAAAGGCAGGAGCACCUGGCCAGACUCUGCUGGGAACUCUCCUCUCUUGACAGCCUCAUCCUGGAGAUGGAGAAGAAGCUUCAGGAACCAGCGAGUGAAUUCCUGCAGGACAUUGGAAGCUUCUUGCAGAGAUCUCAGGCAAUGGAGAACCUAGAGGACCCUCCUGUGGCUUUUCCUCCUGCCCUGAAGUGGAAGAUCUGGGACUUCUGCGAUAUAAAUCCCUUCCUGGAGGGUGUCAUGAAGCAGUUCAGAGACUCUCUGGGAUCUGCAUUUCAGCUGCAGCAAGAAAACGUAACUCUGGAUCCAGACACAGCCCAUCCCCGCCUCAUCCUGUCUGAGGAUCAUAAGAGAGUGAGAUUUGGCGAUGAGGAUCAAGAUCUGUCCAACAAUUGCGAGAGAUUCGACAAGCACCCCUAUGUGCUGGGAUCCGAGGGGUUCACAGGAGGAAGACAUUUCUGGGAGGUCGUUGUGGGGGGUGAGGUGGGGUGGGCUGUGGGGGUGGCCAGGAAGUCUGUGAAGAGGAAGGGCCAGAUCACGUUUGGUCCUGAGGAAGGGAUCUGGGGUCUGGGGAAGUGGGCAGGAGAAUACAAGGCCUCCUCCCACCCUGCCAUGACCCUGAGCAAGGAGCCUGAGAGGAUCCGAGUGACCCUGAACUGUGAAGGGGGACGGGUGUCCUUUUACGAUGCAGAUAGGGCAGCCCUCCUCUACACAUUCUCAGCAGCCCCCUUCUCAGGAGAGACCCUCCUGCCCUUAUUUUGGGUGCCCCGUAAAGCCCACCUGACCCUCUCUGACUAAGAGAGGACAACACAGACAUAAGACUUACAUCAAAACAGGAUUUAUUUAUUUUUAAAUUGCUUGCUUAGCUCCUGCACUGACUCUUGUAGUGAGCAUGACUGGAGGGUAGGGAGGGCCAACAGGUUGGUGUCCUAACUGACACAAGAGUCACCCAAUCAUUACCAUCCACGUCACCGGCCUGAAAAUGGGAAGGU